CUACCCCCUUUCCAACCAAAACAUUUAAAAGGUCAGGAACUGUUCUGGAGCCAGCUGAACAAAGGGUGAUAUCUACAUAAUUUCGGAUUAGCCUUACCCGUAACAAUGGUGCCAUAUUACAAGAGAACUUGGAGGGACUUCAUCGACUCUACCCGCGAUGCCAUCGCCGAACUUGGUGCCGAAAUCGGCAUUUCCGAUGAGCCAGAGAGGAGGGUGAGAUGCGACAAGAUGGUGUUUGCUCACUACAUGCUAGGACUCACCUUGAAUCAUACCGCCAGGGACUGGGAGGAUGAAAUCAGAGCCGCCAAAGAGUGCGGCAUCGACGGAUUCGCACUAAACACGGGCUCUCAGGAUCACUGGCUUGAUGAGCAGUUAUCUUUGGCUUACCAGGCCGCUGAACGGGCUGGAGGCUUUGUCCUUUUCAUCUCUUUCGACUUUGCGUUUGAGUGGACAGUUCAGCAGGUGGUAGACUUGAUCAACCGGUUCAAGUAUUCGCCCGCGCAAUGUGUAGUUGAUGGGAGACCGUUUGUAUCGACGUUCGAGGGCCCUCAAUGGGCGGAAAACUGGGCCUUAGUCCGUCAAGCGACGGGCGGUAUCUUCCUCGUUCCGGACUGGGCCAGUCUUGGACCUCAUGGGGUUGCCCAGAAACUCGACAUCAUCGAUGGUGCCUUUUCUUGGGACGCAUGGCCAAAAGGAUGCAAUCACAAGAUGGGCCCGGAUGAAGAUCAUCUGUACUUGCAAGCCCUUCAAAUCGAAAAGCCAGGUAUCUUUGGGACACCAAACAACAAGCAUAAGUACAUGAUGGGCGUCAGUCCUUACUUUUAUACGAACCUCCCACAGUGGAACAAGAACUGGUACUGUUCUAGCGAAUCUCUCUGGUAUGACCGUUGGCAACAGAUUCUAGAGGUCCAGCCGGACUUUGUCGAGAUCAUCACUUGGAACGACUAUGGUGAAUCCAGCUACAUCUACGACCCUCAUCGAGAUGACCAGGUUGUGCCAGGAGCAGACGCUUACGUCAAGGGCCACUCACACGACGCCUACCGUGCCAUUCUGCCUCAUUUCAUCCAGGCUUACAAGGCAGGAAAGACCAAGGCUAAGCCACGAGAGCAUCUGGAAGACGUGGCAAUUGCAUGGUACCGCAGGACACCGGCCAGUGCAGGUCACCAUGGUGAAACCGUAUGGGGGCAAGGAGGCGACGCCUUGGCAGCACAUGGUGCGAAGGACGUCAUCUCCGUCGUCGCCAUCACCAAGGAGGAGAACACGGUGACUGUGACGCUCGGAGAUGGGCAACCGAGGGAGUUCCAAACGGCACGGGGAUCUUCGUACUUUGAGAUUCCGUUCGAUGAGACUACCCUUGGCCUCGUGAGACUGCAGUUGAACGGCCAAGUCACAGAAGGACCGGAUAUCCAUUGCAACUGUGAGGACAAGGUCAAUUUUAAUGCGGUGGUCAUCCAAGUUCCUGCUAAAAGGUGAUGUGGGGCGCGCAACUGAGGGUGCAAUGGGUUGAGUCAGCGAGGGGGUUCAUGAAGCGAUGAACCGAGGAUGUAAUGGCAGCGAGGGUC